AUGACAGAGAAAAGCGUGUUAUCGAUAUUAUUUGAUAAAGGACUGAAUGUUGAUGAGAGAAUGGCGUGGAAAGAACACGUGGAAAGCUUGGUUCAUCGAAUUCAAGACAACUAUACGCAUGUUGGAAAUUCUGCAAAGGCUGAUAUUCUGGAACCGAAAAAAGUGAUAUCCGAUGCCAUCACAAUUUUCAACGAUGGGCUGAAUAUUGGGAAAUUGAAUUUCAAAGACAUUGCUGAUAAGCUUGGCAUUAUCGCAGGAUGGGGAUCUGUGAUCAAAGACUUGGCCAAUAUACUGUUACCAGGAAAAAAGGAUCCAGUGAUGGAGAAGUUACGUGAGUUGGGAAAUAAAAUGGACCAACUCUCGAAUCAAAUGACCAAGGAGUUCGAUGCCUUGAAGGCAUUCAUUGUGGAACAUAACUUUUUUGCGGAUGUCGCACAAACCGCCGCGACUCUCUCAAAGUUCAUGCGGGACACGGUAACAAGUCCGUGUCGUGAUAGCUAUGAGAUUUUCAAAGAAGCUGCUCGAAAGACUCCUCCGCUAGAAUACGCUUAUAAAAUGAUAAGUCUUCUUGAACAAGAUUCGACUAAUCCUCUGAAAAUGGCGAUGGACGUGGAAGAAUUCGGAGGAAAGAGAUCUACAUUUGACAAUUGGAGAAAUACAAUAGACGCGGUGAUCACUCAGUUUCUGCUGCUGGAAACCUACAUCAAUGGAAUGUUCUGGGACAAGAACAUGUACGGGCCGAAUGAACUGAAGAAUAAAAUAGAAAAAUUGAAUAGAAAUAUGGAUCAGUGGAGAGAGGAUUACAAGAAAUCCUACUGGAAAAAAAUCACGCCAGAAUUUAUCAAGGCAUUCCAAAUAGAACAUGUUAAGCAGAAUAAUGAAGAAAAGGCCACGAUACUGCAAAAUGAACUGGGACAAGUUCUUACUGAUGACGCGUUCUAUAUAAUGGUUUAUGAUCAUUGCAGCGGUUAUGACAAACACUCAUUCCAAUAUCGGACAGACCAAUACGUUUCAUCUUUUCGUAUUGAAGGUUGCUGCGUUGUGAUCUACCGAAGUCGUUGUUGGAAUAGUAGUGACACACAGUCUAAAAAACAGAUUGAGAUUGACGUCGAGUCGUGUAGAAACAAUACUAUUGGAUUAAAUGCCGAUCAUGAAAAAGUGCCUCAGUGGCUGAGGAACAAUCGCAUCCGUGAUUGCCACUUCGUUGGAUUAAUCAAAUCAGAUCUGAUGUUGUCGAUUAAAUCAGCUAACACUCCUGGAUAUCAAUGGGGUCCUGGAUGGUGGAUCAAGGUCGUGAAAAGAUCAGGAUAUGAAUGUUUAGGCAGUUCUGCUCCUGAAUUGAGCUAUUAUCUGAUUGCUGGAUUUAAAUAA